GGCCGGGAGCGGGGUCGGCCGGGGCGGGGGGGUCCCGCGGGGGUCGCAGCCCCGAGCCAUGCAGACCGCCCUGGACGCCUGGCAGGAGCUGCAGGACGACUUCCAUCAACUGCAGGAAACCCACAAAAUCUACAAGCAAAAAUUGGAGGAACUCACCGGCGUGCAGGAGGCGUGCGCCAGUUCCGUGAAGAAGCAGAAAGAGAGGCUGAAGGAGUUUCAGAAGAACUUCAAAAGAUGCCACGGCCAGGGAAGCUCGGAAACGGAGCGCAUCCUGCAGAUCAACAACCAGAUCCGCGAUCGCCAGAAUGUUUUCUUCGACAUGGAGGCCUAUUUGCCGAAGAGGAACAGUCUGUACUUAAAUCUGGUGUUGGGAAACGUUAACGUGACUCUACUAAGCGACCAGGCCAAGUUUGCCUACAAAGACGAAUACGAAAAAUUCAAACUCUGUUUAACCAUCAUCCUGUUGCUGGGAGCAGUUGCAUGUCGGUUUGUUCUCCAUUAUCGGGUCACCGAUGAAGUGUUCAACUUCCUCUUGGUAUGGUACUACUGCACCCUGACGAUAAGAGAAAGCAUCCUCAUGAGCAACGGAUCAAGGAUUAAAGGCUGGUGGGUGUCCCAUCAUUACAUCUCAACGUUCUUAUCUGGCGUGAUGCUAACGUGGCCAGAGGGUCUCAUGUACCAAAUAUUCCGGAACCAAUUUUUAUCUUUCUCCAUUUUUCAGAGCUGUGUGCAAUUCCUCCAAUAUUAUUACCAAAGUGGCUGCCUUUAUCGACUUCGUGCCCUGGGAAAAAGAAACCACUUGGAUCUCACAGUGGAAGGAUUUCAGUCCUGGAUGUGGCGAGGACUGACAUUUCUCCUCCCUUUUCUGUUCUGUGGACACUUUUGGCAACUCUACAACGCAAUCACCCUUUUCGAACUGUCGAGGCACGAGAAAUGUAAAGAAUGGCAAGUUUCGGUCCUGGCCCUGACAUUUCUCAUCCUCUUCCUCGGAAACUUCCUCACCACACUGAAAGUGGUCCAUACGAAAUUGCAGAAGAACAAAACCAAGAAGUUGUGAAACUUGAACUGGCGGGGCGGGUCCCAGUCGACGUGGGACGGAGUCCUUCUUCGUGGCGGCCUUCUCUGCAUGUGUUCCAACUAGUUCUCCAGCUUCCUGACCGGCUCCCGCUGCUAAGCGAAGCCCUGGAGGAAAUUCCACGCGACGUCCUGUUGUUUUCCUCCAGAACUGACUGAUUAGUCAAUGCUGAUGUCUUCCUACCAAUGAAUGACCUGUUUAUAUAUUUAUAUUGAAUGCAAGAUCCCCAGUUUGGGGGGAGCCAUAAUGUUGGCCCUCUCUGGGAGGGAGAUGGAUGGGAAUCCUUUUUUAUUUUAUUUUAUUUUAAGGAGAUAGAAUUAUUCUGGAAUAAAGCGAGCUUUAAUUGCACUGUUUGACAUGCCGGGGUUGGGGGAAAAUUUUCUGCCUCUUAACGGCCUCCAAUCCAGAGAGUUUCUUAGAAGUUUGCAGUGUUGCGAUGGCUUGAAUAGGUGCCCCACAUCUCUCUCUUUGCCGUCACUUGGGGGGGCGGCAAAAGUGUGUGAAUUUUGGCUUCGGAUGCUCAGCCUGUUCUUAGGAUAUACGCGGGAGUCUCCAUUCCUCCCAUAGCCUUUUAUUUCAGCCAAAUUCUUUAGCCAGGAUGGGAGGUGAGAAAUUACAAAAUAUUCUUGCAGCUCGAGAGGGGGGAAAAUCACAAUUUGUUCCUGCCUUUGUUGACCCAAAGAUUGCAACGAUGAUUUCCUUAUUCUUCCCUUGAAAUUUCUUAGUGCUUCAACGGGCAGGAAAUGGCAGAGAACAGCUCCAGAUGCAUUUCUCUCCCCCCCCCCCCUUGCAAUCCUGUAACGUAACUUUAGGCUUAGGAUGUGUUUUAUUGCAAGGCCUUUUCAGGUUUAGUUGUGAAGAAAUUUGGGAGAAUGUGGAUCACUGAGUUAUUCCUAGUCUUCCUGCCACAGAAGCUAAAUUCCCUGGAAAUGACAGGUGCAAGCUGAAAUCCAAGGCCAAAUUCUUCUCUGCUUCGAAGCAUGCUUUGUGCACCCGGGUAAAUCCUGCUGAUUAAAAUCUGAGUUAUUUGGUGUUUUGAUAUCAACUGAUUUUUCCCCUGGGUAAAUCAACUGAUCCGAUAACCUUAGAAAUAAUAAUAACCCAUUAACAGUCACGGUCCUCUUAUCAGUAGGGUAGCUUAAUGAAACAUUCACUCCCUUCUCCAUAUCAGUAUAAAUAUUUAUCCUUUCAGCGAAGGUUUUUAUUUUUCAAUGAAAACAAAACAUUUCAGAGCGCUACAAAGACAGAAACAUUGGCUUAGAGAGCCCAAGGCACAGCACGAGGUAUAUAAAGGCAUAUUUCGAGGUAGCUAUUCCUUCUGAAGUA